GUCAUUUGUCAUCUCUCACCUCCCAUCCCUGUCCACCGAAUGAGCCUUCUCCUCUGAAAAUCACAAAAAUAUCACUAUCUGCUUUUUAAUUAGGGUUUUUUCUUGCUGUUUUCUUGUUUUUCCCCCUUUUUUUAUCACUAAAAUACAUAAACUUUAGCUUGCUAUGAGUCAAUGGAGUUUCUUGAAUCUGAGGAAAAUGUUUCGAUUUUUUUUAUGUUAGUUCAGGCAGCCGCAGAUCUGUGAACGUUAAGGUAAGAUACAAACAGUUGAUCGAUCGGGCUUCGUAAAACCUCGUGGCAAGUUGAGAUUUGCACCACAUAUGCUGCAAUCUUGUUUCAUCAAAGCUUUUUCCUGAAAAAAUGAGCCUGUUUGGCUGCCUAAUCUGGAGUAUUUUAAUUUGAGUCGAUCCAUAAAAAAACAAUAAUGGACUCCUUCCGCCAAAACUGCGAAAUAACCGAGGUGAAGGACGAAAAAUCUCCGAGAAAGGGGCACAGCAAAGCUCUGGAAGAUGACAUCAACAAGCUUUUCGAGUCGGUCAAUAUUAGGCUAACUAAGAGCCUCGAUUUAUCGGAUACGAGGCGAAACCCUUCGAAGAAGCCGAUGAAGGGAAAAUUGGGCAAUAAUGGCAUGAAUUCACCGGGAAUUGGGUUUUCCGAGUCUGUCUCGCUAAAACAGGCGCUUAGAGGCCUCUGCAUAUCUCAGGCAGCCGAAAUGGCUGCCUUAAAGCGUUUAUCCAUGCCGGCAUCUCCAAGAAUCUCGGAAGCUGGAAAAAUCGGUAAUUUUUAUAAAUUAGUCGAAAAUGGUGAACCGGGAUGCUCCCCACUUGCCGACCGGGAAAGGAAAAUCGGGAUUUUUAUAGGUGGGCAAGAAAGUAGGUUGAAUUCGAAUUCGAAUUCCCCGCGUAUGGUGAAAUCAGCUACCCAAAGCUACAAUGCUUCUCCUUGUUUGGAAGUUGAAAAGAAUUCGGAAAAAGUGGAAAAUAAUUGUAGAGAAAUAGAAUCGAGUGGUCCACUGGCUGAAUGUUGUACUAGUGUUCAAGAACCUAAUACAAAGAGUGAAGAGUCGCCUAUUGUGAAUAAAGAGAUUGUAAACGAGCCGGAGAUUGAUGUAAAUGUAGUGGGAAAAAAAGGUUCAGAGAAAAAAGAUAAUAGUUUUUCCUAUCAAGAGAAGAAAGUUCUUGGUUCUUCAAACAAGGUAGCAAGUGUUUCGAGUAAGAAACCUUCAAUUUCCUCAAAAUCGAGACAAAAAUCGCAGUCUUCGUCAUCCAGCGUGGCGAAAUUCAAGAAAGACUCGAAGAGUUCAGGUGGAAGCUCGACACGUUCGGUCAAACCAGUAAUCAUAACCAAGAGUCUUGUCAUAAAGAAACCGAAGAAGGCCAAUCUGAAAGCAACACACCGAGUAAAUAGUGCUAAUGAAGACGAAAAUUCUGGAGCUUUGAUCUGCCACAAGUGCCAGUGUUCGUUGAGCCACAUGGAUGAUGAAGAUUCACAGAUUACAAAUAAUCCGAAAAAACUCGCUGAAAAAAGGGAAAUCUCACAGAGCUCGAAAAGCAGCGCGUGCGAUUUUUUCAGCACGAGUACCACCACUAGCAAUCUGAGUGACGAUAGCAAUCUGAGUGGUGGGCCCGCUUGUCGUAAUAAUCGGCCCCACAUGUCGAGGGAUGUGAGGUGGGAAGCAAUAAACCGUGUGAGGAAAGAGAAAGGAUUUCUUAAUCUGAGCAACUUUAAUUUGUUGAAGAAACUUGGCUCGGGAGAUAUUGGGACGGUUUAUCUUGCUGAGCUGGCAGGGACUGGCUGCCCGUUCGCGAUAAAGGUGAUGGAUAACGAGUUUCUUGCGAGAAGGAAGAAAAUGCCGAGGGCAAAGACUGAGAGGGAGAUUCUUGGAAUGCUGGACCACCCGUUUUUACCGACACUUUAUGCUCAGUUCACGUCGGAUAAUUUGUCGUGUCUCGUUAUGGAGUUCUGUCCAGGUGGCGAUUUGCACGUGCUUCGCCAGAAGCAGCCGGGCCGGUGUUUUCCUGAAGAUGCUGCAAGAUUCUACGUGGCCGAAGUCCUCCUAGCCCUCGAGUACCUCCACAUGCUCGGAAUCGUUUACCGUGACCUCAAGCCCGAAAACAUCCUCGUCCGUGAAGACGGCCACAUAAUGUUGACCGAUUUUGACCUCUCCUUAUGCUGCCCCGUCACCCCAACCCUCGUCCCUUCCUCCUUAUCCCCACCUCCCGACCCUCACAGGCCCUCGGGCCAAUGCGCGGGCUCAAGCUGCAUCGACCCAUUCUGCUCCGGGCCCGCUUGCCGUGUCUCAUGCUUCGGCCCGUGGGCCAGGCGGGCCCGGCCCGAAUCCAAGGCCCGCCGGACCCUUCCUCAACUCGUCGCCGAGCCAACCGAAGCCCGGUCAAACUCGUUCGUCGGGACCCACGAGUAUUUGGCUCCGGAAAUUAUCAAAGGGGAAGGGCACGGGAGCGCGGUCGACUGGUGGACGCUCGGGAUUUUUCUUUACGAGCUUCUGUACGGUAAGACGCCGUUCAAGGGCGCGGAUAACGAGGAGACUCUGACGAAUGUUGUGGUUCGGGAGCUCGGUUUUCCGGAGGGCCCGCAGAUCGUGGGGUUCAGGGCCAGGGAUUUGAUCCGAAGGCUGCUGGUGAAGGAGCCUGAAGGGAGGCUAGGGGCAGUUUCGGGCUCGGGUGAGAUAAAGAGGCACGCGUUCUUCGAGGGGAUUAAUUGGGCGCUCGUGAGGUGCGGGGCUCCGCCGCGGGUCCCGGAGGCUUACGAUUCGGAGGGGUCGUUUGGCGGCGGCGGUGGGGAGUUCGAGUUGUUNGUUUAG